AUUUAGGAUUAUACAAAAAUAAUCAAUCAGAUUAUUCGUCUCUGACUGCAGUGGCGCAGCGCUGUGACUCACCGCCAACCGCAGUACCACUGUUUUUCAGUGCCCUUCCCUUGCUUCCCUACGACUCUGACCGACCUUCCGCCGCACGGCUCAUCUGUACGACCUUACCGUCCCCGCUCAGCGUCUUCGAGCUCCACACUUUGUCGCUUCAGGCUGCGUCUCAAUCGAUCUAGGGACUCCAGGAUGAGAUUUAUUCAGGGCAUUUUGUUAUAUGUCGAUACCGGGGUUUCUCGUAAGCUGUGUAGUCCUCAAGUAAUCAGGACCUUUUCUACGAAUCCGGCAUUUGAUAAUAACAACCUGAAUCAAAGCUCAUUUGAGUCUGCUGAUCACUCUGAGCAACGACCUUUUGGUGACACUUCUAGGAAAUCACCAACUUUUGGACCCUUUUACCAACACUCUAGUUGGGCUCAGAGAGACAACACACCUUCAAAUAUGGGAUAUGGUAAUGCCAAGCUUAAUCAAAGCCCAUUUAGAUCUUCCAAUUACUCUGAGCAACUGCCAUUUGACGAUUCCACGAAUACAGGAUUUGAUAGUAAAAGGUUUAAUCAAAACUCAUCAGAGUUUGGAAAUUACUCUGAGCAACGACCUUUUGGUGACACUACUGGGAAAACACCUGAACAUAAAGCAUUUUACCAAAAACUUGAUAGGGCUGAAAGAUCUUUCCAGGGAUCCCAUUUCAAUUCUGGAAAUAGUUCAGCAUUUGACGGUCUGGAUGAAGGCAUUAACACAUUGUGUGAUGGAAUGGAAAGUAAGUUGAAGCAGGCCGCUGCGUAUUUUGAGUUUGAUCCUGAUGAAGUUGAGAAAGAUGAUUAUUCCUUCCGAAAGGACAUCACUUUUUUCCCUGGAAGUACUUACGAUAUCAAGGACCUUGAUCUUAGAAAACCAGGAGUACAAAAGUCAUGGAAAAGGCCAUCGUUUCAAACAACAACACGAGAAGUCUUGGAGAAAGCUGAUUUCAGAAACGUCGGGUUUCUUGCCAAUUUCAUCACAGAUGCUGGAAUUAUCAUCAAGAGGAGCAAGACAGGAAUAAGUGCCACAGCCCAAAGGAAAGUUGCCAGGGAAAUAAAGACUGCACGAGCUUUUGGUCUUCUGCCAUUCACCACCAUGGGAACCAAACAUUUCAAGUUCGGCAAAACGAUGGAGAACCUCGAUAGUGAUUAUGCAUAUGAGACUCACUACCACAACUUUGUUGAUACAGAUGCCAGUGUGGAUCCCCUAGAAUGAUGAACCCCUUUCGUUUUUCUUUUAUAUCCUUCAUGUUCCCUUUCUUUAUGAACUAAUUAGCCAGUAAGUUAUGAGUUAAAUUGUUUUUGCAGAAGAAAGUGUAAUGAGUUCAUGAUUUGUUUGGCUCUACGGUUUUGUGUCUGGAGACGCUAUUAAAUAGCUAACGUUGUGAGUUCUGGGCCUUCAGAGAUAGCAAUAAAUGUUAUAUUUUUUGUUCUGUGUAAUAUUAUGUGAUUCAUACGAGGUAAAAUCAU